CAGCUCUUUCUCUUUCUGCUGCAGUCAGCAUAAGUGCACACCCCAUGCCAUUCAUGGGAGCAGCCUGAGCUGGAAAAAAAACAGAGUUUUGAUUCAGAAGCAAGGCGGCUGUCGGGCGCUGGUUUGCUGUGGCUGAGAGGAGAAGGGAUGGCACUGAACGGCGCAGAGGAAAGAGUGCAAGAGGAGAAUUUGAGGAGGACGUUGGAGCCCCGCAAGGAUGCAGCUCUCUUCCUAGCUCCAGCUCGUGUGGGACACAGGAGGAAAAUGAACCUGAAAUCUGAACGCAGAGGAAUUCACGUUGAUCAGUCGGAGCUCCUGUGCAAGAAGGGAUGUGGUUACUAUGGCAAUCCUGCUUGGCAGGGCUUUUGCUCCAAGUGCUGGAGAGAGGAAUACCAUAAGGCCAGGCAGAAACAGAUUCAAGAAGAUUGGGAGCUGGCAGAGCGGCUUCAGCGUGAGGAGGAAGAAGCGUAUGCCAGUAGUCAGAGUACCCAAGGGGCGCAGUCCCUGACCUUUUCAAAAUUUGAGGAGAAGAAAACUAAUGAGAAAACACGGAAGGUCACUACUGUGAAGAAGUUCUUCACUGCUUCCUCCAGAGCAGGAGCUAAGAAGGCAGCUCAAGAGAAAAUCGUUAAGCAAGGACAUCUUGGGAGGGAGCGAAAUGCUGAUAACAUUCUCAGGGAUUUGAAGGAAAUUUUUACUCCCUCCUGGGAACUGGCUUCCCCUACUGAAGUGUUGGCUGGCAAAUUGAAAGAGAUCCAAGAAUCCAAGUCUCCCAGCCCUUCUAUAAACAGGCAGGCUAGCAUCGAGACAGAUCGAGUAUCCAAGGAAUUCAUAGAAUUUCUCAAGACAUAUCAUAAAUCAGGACAAGAUAUCUAUAAGCAAUGUAAAUUAUUUUUGGACACAAUGAGUCAUAAAAGGGACUUAAGUAUCGAGGAGCAAUCUGAAUGUGCCCAGGACUUCUAUCAAAAUGUAGCAGAGAAAUUACAGACACGCUGGAAAAUGCCCCCUGAAAAAGUUGAGAAGGCAAUGGAUCAGAUUGAAAAAUACAUUAUGACUCGACAGUAUAAAUACGUAUUUUGUCCUGAAACAACUGAUGAUGAGAAGAAGGAUCUUGCCGUCCAGAAGAGAAUCAGGGCUUUGCACUGGGUAACUCCACAAAUGCUGUGUGUUCCUGUCAAUGAAGAAAUUCCAGAAGUGUCUGAUAUGGUUGUAAAAGCAAUUACAGAUAUUAUCGAGAUGGAUUCAAAGCGUGUGCCUCGUGAUAAAUUGGCAUGCAUCACCAAAUGCAGCAAGCACAUCUUUAAUGCUAUAAAGAUCACAAAAAAUGAACCAGCUUCUGCUGAUGACUUUCUUCCAACACUUAUAUAUAUUGUUUUGAAGGGAAACCCACCCCGUCUGCAGUCCAACAUCCAGUAUAUAACACGAUUCUGUAAUCCAAGCAGGUUAAUGACAGGAGAAGAUGGCUACUAUUUUACCAAUCUGUGCUGCGCUGUGGCCUUCAUUGAAAAACUGGAUGCUCAGUCUUUAAAUCUAAGCCAAGAGGAUUUUGAUCGUUUUAUGACUGGUCAGACAUCCCCGAAGAAGCAAGAAUCUGACAGCUGGUCACCUGAUGUGUGCCUGGGUGUUAAGCAAAUGUAUAAAAACUUAGAUCUCCUGUCUCAGUUGAAUGAGAGACAGGAAAGAAUUGUCAGUGAAGCCAAGAAGCUUGAGAAAGACCUGAUAGAUUGGACUGAUGGAGUUGCAAAGGAAGUCCAAGAUAUUGUUGAGAAAUAUCCAUUAGAAAUUAAGCCAAAAAAUCAAGCCUUAGCAGCUAUUGACUCUGAAAACGUGGAAAAUGACAAGCUGCCCCCACCACUGCAGCCUCAGGUUUAUGCAGGAUAAUUAAAAGUGUUAACUUUGAAGAGUGUCAUUAUUCUCACCUAGUACUAUCCCCUUCUUGGAAAGGGAAGUAAAUUCAAGGCUAAAAAUCAGAUGAGCUUAAAUCAGUACAUUUUUAAAGGUACAUUUUUUUGGUUAGGUGUAAUAAAUUGUAUUUAUUUUAGUCAAUUAGAUUUCUAUUAGGCUUUUGUGAGUUUUUGAAAUGAAUUUAAAUUUUCUACACAAACAGUGUAAUUUUUAAGCAACACUCGUCCAUUGACAUAUUUCCAGAAAGCUUCCUUCUAGGCAUGCACUUAAACAUUUUUAAUAAUUAGUUUAACUUACAGAUUUCGAGUUCCAGCAGAAACUUGAAAGAUACCAAUGUUAGCUUGGAUUUAUUCUGUAGCUGUAAAGAUGAAAUAUAUAUUGUAAAAUAUGUAAAAUUGUAAAUAGAUUGAAAAUCUAAUGUCUGGGUUGUGCAUGACAUCUCGUGUAUUAGUGAAAAUGAAAUAUGGAAGUGUUCACAUUAGCACCUUUUGGUUAAAUCACAUUGCAGUAUAAAGGCAAGAACACUGCUAGUGUUUUCAAUAAACUAGAUGGUGUAGCUGAUGAAUCAGAGAGGAUAUUCUUGUAAUGAUUUGAGUUCACAGUUAUUGCCAUCUAAAACUUGACUUUUCUUCAUGUAAACGUUCUCUGUUUUGUCAGUAUACCUGAUAGCCUUCAGUGGUGUGCAUCAGUGCUGCUACCACUUUUGAAGAGAAUGUUGAGCCAGGCUUCAGAAAUAGGAGGGAAUAUGUUGAAUAAAAACUGCGUCAUGUGGAACUAAAGGGGGAGGGAAGGAGGUAAUGAAGGAAUUGUGCCAAAAGGGGCUUGCUUUUCUGGCAUUGCCUAGUAAUUUCCAUCACUGGGCUAGGUCUUGAUUGAUUUUUUAACAAUCCUGGUCAAUAAAUAAGUUCAUAUAAUUGGAGACUGCCUUUUAGCAGAAGUAUGAGCUGUUGCUCUGAGCAGAAAAGUGCACUUUAUUUUCAUGAAACAUCACUGUUCAGAUCUUUAGUGACCCUCUUUAGCAAGAGAAAUUACCUUGCUAAAGAAUUAAACGUUGAGAUAAAUACAGCUUUAUGUCGCUAAAAGUCUAGAUCAGUGUAUUUCGGGUUAAGAGCUCACACUGCAAAAAGUAACCUCUUGCAAUAGAACUUUUUUAUGCCAGUGAAACAUUUUAUAUCAGUUUAAAUAUCUCAGUUAAUCCAGUCUGCCUUGACUUGUUAGUGUACCUGAGAUAUCUAGCACAGAGCUAUUUAGCUUGAACUGCAAUGUUAAGUUGUUACCAUCAAGGAGGGAAGUACCUACCUCUUUCAUGUUCCACUGCUUUAAAAACAGAUACUUUAAAUUUGCACUGCAAUAAUUUCAGACCAAAACUGUGUUUUGUUCCUUUUUGUCAGCUAUGUACGAACUAUGCAUUCCUAGUGUUUCAAAGAUAACCAGUUAUCCCAAAUUCCUCUGAUAUGGUGAGGCAAUGAGCUAGUCAGAUGAUCACAAGAAAUUGGAUUAUUUAAUUUACACAUGUGCCACUUGCCCGAAUUACUUAGGAUUUGACCAGUGCUUGCAGUAAACAAUACUGCAAAGUCUUUCUUUGUUUUAUAAAUACUAGGUGCUAAUUCUGAUAUCCAGGUACACAGGUUGGGGGGGUGGGAUUAGCUAAUUAGCUAUUGUAUAAAUUGCCAUGUUUAAAUAAACGUGUGUACAUCAUGCCUUUGUUAAUGAGUUCCCAAAAUCUUGUCACUGGGUUUUGUUAUGCUGUUAAUGAUUAAUGUAAACAUAAUUGUGACUGAUUCUGGUAUCUCUGUGUCUAGGGAGGGAGAAUUCUUAGUCAUUCAAGUGCAAGUCUAGGUAACAAUGUCUUUUUCUUUGCAGAAAGAUCAUUGUAGUGAUUAAGUACUUAAGAAUGACUUGCCUGGUGCAUUUGUAACUAAAGUAUCUCCAAUUCAUAUGCCUUCUUGUUAUCAAGCCACUGAAGUAGGAGUGUUUUGGCAAACAAAUCCUCCAAAUCCCUGUAAGGCAGGUAAGAUGGAUUUCCAUAUUCCAUCUAAGAGUCAGCAAGCAGGAGUAGAGCACUUUGCUCUCAGCCAUUGUGUAGCCUGGGCAGCAGCAACAACUCUGGGAGCACCUCUCCCAGGAACUUGUGUUCUGGUGUUGAGUAACUAGACUGCUGUAAGGCAUUGUCAAUAUUUUAUUAGGUGAAUGAACCCGUCUGUAGGUAAAACAAUAAAUAGUUUUGCCUAAAAGUAAGGUAGUUCAGUUGUCAGAGUAAUAACUGCAGAAUCUCUCUCCAGUGUUUAAAAUUCAGAAUGGGCAAGCCACUGUGCUGAGUAUGCUGAGAAGGUGAAGAUGCUGAGCUGGAAGGAGCCACAUCAGUUAUAGAUUAUGAAUUGUCUAGAGCGCUGUACCAGGUGGGGUUGGUGCUUGAUACUGGGCGUCACUGUAGUAUGAGAUGCUCUGGUCCCACAGAUGAGGCUGAGAUAUGGUUAGACACUAAGAUUAAAAAAAAAAAAUCUAAGUUAUGAAAUAGCUAUGAACAAGUUACUAGUGAACAGGAGAGUUUAAUUGAAAUACUGUCUUAAAGUGAAUUGGAGUAACAGCUGUUGUGCUUUGGUAAGUCACAGUAUCAGAUUUUAUUUUUUCUUCCUAACAGCCCACUGCUAGUUCUGUAUUACUGAAAAGGAAGACUGUGUGUCUUAUUACCAGGAAUCAGAAUUUCUUGUAAACUACUUUGCAUGUGAGCUACCUAUUUAUUUUGCUGUAGUAAAGAACCUAUUUUGGAGUAAGUUCUGGUUAAUUAAACUGUACUGUUUCACUUAACAGAGUUAUGAAAUUAAACUGAUUCUUCUACCCAGUUA